AUGGGUUUACCAAUUAUAGGAAACAGCCUCAAAUUUCUGCACGCCAUGCACACUGACACAAUGGAACAAUGGUUUCACGAGAGAAUUGGGCAAUAUGGUCCUAUUAAUAAACUCAGUCUUUUUGGGACCCCAGCAGUAUUUCUUCAUGGGCAGGCUGCAAACAAGUUUGUGUACACUUGUGAUGCUGAUACUCUUGGCCCUCAGCAACCACCAUCCUUCAAAAUGAUUUGUGGUGAGAGGAACAUUUUGGAGUUAAAUGGAGAUGACCACAAGCGUGUUAGGGGAAUGCUUAUGUCAUUUCUGAAGCCUGAAGUUCUGAAGCAAUAUGUUGGGAAAAUGGAUGAAGAAAUCAGAAAACACCUGGAGAUACACUGGCAUGGCAAGCAAAACAUUGCAGUGAUGCCAUCGAUGAAGACUCUCACCUUCAACAUAAUGAGUUCUCUUCUAUUUGGGAUAGAACAAGGCGCAAGCAGAGAUGCCCUUAUAAAGCUUCUACGACAAAUCAUUGAUGGCUCGGUGUCAUUAGCAAUAAAUUUACCUUUCACAUCCUUUCGUCAAGGCCUUCAAGCUAGAGCGAAAUUUAGAUCAAUGAUCUUGGAUCUUAUACAUGAAAGAAGGGCGGCAUUGAAGCAUCAAACUGCUGUUCCCCAUCAAGAUCUCAUAACUUGCUUGCUUAGCAUCCGAAAUAGCGAAAAUUCAAUUAUUUUAUCGGAUGAAGAAAUAGUAAACAAUGUCAUAGUUUUAAUGAUUGCUGGACAUGACACAUCCUCUGUUCUCAUCACCUUCUUGGUCAGGCUUUUAGCCACAAAUCCUACAGUUUAUGCGACAAUUGUUCAAGAACAAGAGGAGAUAACUAAGAGCAAAGCUUCAGGGGAGCACCUCACAUGGGAUGACCUGGCCAAAAUGAAGUACACUUGGCGAGUAGCAUUGGAAACUUUGAGGAUGUACCCGCCUGUUUUAGGCCCCUUCAAGAAAGUCCUUAAAGACUUUGAAUAUGAAGGAUUCACAAUCCCCCAGGGAUGGCAAAUCGUUUUGGGUGCAUCCUUGACACACAUGGAUGAGGAGAUCUUCCCUGAUCCAUCAAGGUUUGAUCCGACACGGUUCGAGAAACAGGCUUCAAUCCCAGCUUAUUGUUUUGUGGGAUUCGGAGGAGGACCAAGGAUUUGUCCUGGAUAUGAUUUUGCAAGACUUGAAACUCUAAGCACCAUUCAUUACUUGGUGACCCAAUUCACAUGGAAACUCAGUUGUAAUGACACUUUCUCCAGAAAUCCAAUGCCAUCUUUCAAGAGGGGACUACCAAUACAAAUUUAG